CCAAGCCACCAGUAUGUGUGGCUGCUAAUGCUUCCUGGGCUCUCUCUCACAUGCCAUCCAAUAAAAAAGCAAAGGCUCUCAAAAUUACACCAUAACAACAUUCCCUCCACAAGCAAAUAAAACCCAUGUAAAACAUCUAUCACAAGUUCUUAGUUCUAACCAGCAAGGGGAAAAAGAGCCUGCCUCCAAUUCUCUUUGAGAUAACCUUUGGGAAUCUGCUGCGGGUGUUUGUGUUUUCCAAUGGCUACUUCGAUAUCUGCAACUGGGUUGAAGGGAAGUUUGUGUUCCUCCUUCCAUGGAAGCUGGAGAACUUCAAUGGCUGGAGAAGAUUAUGCCAUGCUAGCCAAGUCAGUACCAAACCAUGUUCGAGUUGGGAAACCAGUGAGAGCGCGGCCCAUGAUGAAAAACGUCAAUGAAGGAAAGGGUCUCUUUGCGCCGAUUGUUGUUGUGACUCGUAAUAUCAUCGGCAAGAAGCGAUUCAAUCAGCUUAGAGGAAAGGCAAUUGCUUUGCACUCGCAGGUGAUUACUGAAUUCUGCAAGUCAAUUGGAGCAGAUGCAAAGCAAAGACAAGGCCUGAUCCGACUGGCCAAAAAGAAUGGAGAACGACUAGGAUUCCUUGCAUGAGAUGCAUUUUCUUCAGUCCAAAAGAAUGGUUUAAGAUCAUAGUUUCUUAGAUUUGGCAUGUAUUACUACCUCAUAUAUUCCACUUUUCAGUUA